CGGUGUCUCAAGCUGGGCACUGGUGUCUGCUGAUAACUGCUGCUUCAGUUACGCUCCUUUUUUCCUUUCGUCCCUCCUUCCCUUCUUUAUCCCACACCUUGGAGCAGUGUGAACUUCUCACCGGAGGACUGUAAGGACUGACUCAGUUGAAAAUGGAGAACCAAGAAUCAACAGAUUCUUCUCAGAAUAUCAAACAGUCUGUUAUUUCAGAGGAGUUAAUUUCAGAAGGAAAAUGGGUCAAGCUUGAAAAAACAACUUACAAGGAUCCUACUGGUAAAACUAGAACUUGGGAAACAGUGAAACGUACAACCAGAAAGGGACAGACUGCUGAUGGUGUAGCAGUCAUCCCAGUGCUGCAAAGAACUCUUCAUUAUGAGUGCCUCGUUCUAGUGAAACAGUUUCGACCACCAGUGGGUGGUUACUGCCUAGAGUUCCCUGCAGGUCUCAUCGAUGACAAUGAAAGCCCAGAAGCAGCUGCUCUUAGGGAGCUGGAGGAAGAAACUGGCUACAAAGGCGACGUUGCAGAGUGUUCUCCAGCUGUGUGCAUGGAUCCAGGUUUGUCAAACUGUAUGACACACAUCGUGACAGUAACUAUCAAUGGAGAUGAUGCAGAAAAUGUAAGGCCUAAGCCAAAGCCAGGGGAUGGAGAAUUUGUGGAAGUAAUUUCUUUACCAAAGAAUGACCUGCUGAAUAGACUUGAUGCUCUGGUAGCUGAAGAACAUCUUACAGUGGAUGCCAGAGUCUAUUCCUAUGCUCUGGCGCUGAAACAUGCAAACACAAAACCAUUUGAAGUGCCCUUCCUGAAAUUUUAAAGACAAGUGGACCCUGGCCAUGUUAUUUUGUAAAUGAGACCACCAGGCCUUCUUCACAAAGACUUUGUAUUCAGCUUCAUUUAAUGUAGAUUUGAAAUAGCUUUUUCAUAAAAUAAAAGCAACAGAA